UCCAGGAAGCCAUUGCCAGGGCUCAGAGAGGUGCCUGGCAGGAGCAGGGAAAUACAGAAAACCUACAGAAACCAGACAACUUUUGAGACAUGAAAACAGGGUCAUGGAAGUAGAUAUAUUGUGAUCAGAGAAGCUAGGUAAUGCACAAGGCAACAAAGUAGGUAAACCCAUGUAUUAAUGUCACAAGACCUGGAGAAGACUGAAGUUUGGAACAGGAUACAACCCACAACAUGUACAGCCAAAAGCGCUACGACAACCCUCCAGACUACAGCCCACCAACUUACAUUCAGCAGCAUAGCCAUGGUCCUGGAUCAUACGCUUACCACAUGAACUCUACCCACCCUGACUCCUUCUAUAUGGAAGAUGUGCCACCACAACAUUUCUACAAGUGGAAGUCUCCUCCUGGCAUUGUCCGAAUUCUACAAGCCAUUAUUGUUUUUCUGUGUUUGACAAUCUUUGCCUGUGUGGCCUCAACAUUAUCGUGGUUUUAUAAUUAUGGAGGGCUUGGAUAUAUGGGUGGAAUGGGUGGAAUGGGUGGAAUGGGUGGAUACCUAGGUGGUUAUAACAAUAUGUAUGGGUAUGGCUACGGCUCUGGCUAUGGGAUGACCAAUCCCCAAGCUGCAAGUGGUUUUAUGAUGGGAAUGAGCAUUUUAACUUUUAUAGCCAUGCUAGGGUUAUUUAUUGCAAGUGUAACUAAAGCAAAUGGAUCUCGGUCUCGUAAAUUCUUUUUGAUUAUAGUAGUGCUGAGUGCUAUUUUAGCCACGAUGGACCUUAUUGCUUCCAUUGUCUAUAUUGUUGGCGUAAAUCCAAGAGCACAGAUGGGUGGCAACAUGUACUACAGUCAGAUGUUAGCAAUGUGUAACCAGAUUUACAGCCCAAUGUCAUCUGGAGCAGGCUAUAUGAAUCAGUACCUGUACCAUUACUGCAUGGUGGAUCCACAGGAGGCCAUUGCUAUAGUCUGCGGUUUUAUUGUAGUCAUCCUUCUAUGUGUCAUAUCCUUCUUUGCCCAAAAGACAAGAAGUAAGAUCUGGCGUUUCGGGGAGCCAAACAUUUACUGGGAUAAGCCUUUUGAAACAUAUCAGGAGGGGCCAAAUGUUGAGGAGUGGGUAAAAAGUGUUCCGGGUGGUCCUCCUGAUGAAACUGCUACCAUCAUUUACUCUGAGAAAUCACAGAGCCCUAUGAAGGCACUGAGUAAUAAUAGCAUCUACAAACCACCUAGAGAAGAGUUUGAACAAGUAGUUAACAGUCCCCUUACCAGUAGCCCACCUGCAUCAGUUAGAGAGACACAGGACCAGAGUAGGGGAAGGACACCAGUCCGCAGGGGUCGACGAUGGAGAAGAAAUCCAGAGUUGGAUGAAUCCCAGUAUGAAACAGAUUACACAACAGCAGUUGAGUCUGGGGAUGAAAGAGAUCUGGAGGAAUGGACAGUUUGUAUCGCCAAUUACUUCCGACUCCCAGCGCCAGGAUUAUAAGCGAGAGUUUGAUUCGGACCUGAAGCGAUACAAGAAAAUGUGUGCAGAAAUGGAUGAUAUCAACACUCAGCUGCAGCAGCUUAACAAGCAACUAGUUGGCUGACCGAAGGCACCACUCAGUA